UUGGCCCCACCCUCCCAAUCAUGUGAUUUAGGUGUUCCAAUCCCCUCCCAAUCAUGUGAUUCAAGUGUUCCAAUCCCCUCCCAAUCAUGUGAUUCAGGUGUCCCAAUCCCCUCCCAAUCAUGUGAUUCAAGUGUUCCAAUCCCCUCCCAAUCAUGUGAUUCAAGUGUUCCAAUCCCCUCCCAAUCAUGUGAUUCAGGUGUUCCAGUCCCCUCCCAAUCAUGUGAUUCAGGUGUUCCAAUCCCCUCCCAAUCAUGUGAUUCAGGUGUUUCAAUCCCCUCCCAAUCAUGUGAUUCAGGUGUUCCAAUCCCCUCCCGACCAUAUCAUGUGAUUCAGGUGUUCCAAUCCCCUCCCAAUCAUGUGAUUCAGGUGUUCCAAUCCCCUCCCAAUCAUGUGAUUCAGGUGUUCCAAUCCCCUCCCAAUCAUGUGAUUCAGCUGUACCAAUCCCCUCCCGACCAUGUGAUUUCAGCUGUUCCAAUCCCCUCCCAAUCAUGUGAUUCAGGUGUUCCAAUCCCCUCCAGAUCAUGUGAUUCAGGUGUUCCAAUCCCCUCCAGAUCAUGUGAUUCAGGUGUUCCAAUCCCCUCCCAAUCAUGUGAUUCAGGUGUUCCAAUC